AUGUUGAACCACAAGAGCAAGAGUUACCCAAUGCACAUGAAGUUCAACCGCAAGGCGAAGUCACCAAUGAUGAGUCAGGCUGUGACUAACCAGGUUGGUCAGCAAAGAGGAGCUCAACAAGAAGAGGCUGACACUUCGAGGAUUCAUGAGUUCUUGAGAAUGAAUCGCUUAAGUUUCACUGGUUCGAGCACUACUGAGGAUCCAGAGAACUUCUCUGAGGAACUAAAGAAGGUUUUCGAGGUGAUUCAUAUUGCUGACACUGAACUAGUUGAGCUAGCUGGUAGAGCUGAGGAUGCACCACCUGCGAGUUGGGUAUGUUUUGAAGAGGUUUUCUUGGGGCGCUUCUUUCCCCGAGAAUUGAAAGAGGCUAAGGGAAGUGUGGCACAAGGGGGUAGUAAGCCUUCUGCCUGCGCCGAGUGUGGUAGGAACCACUCAGAGUGUCCAAAGAACAAGCAAGGAAAUGGUAAUGGGGGAAAUAGAGCCCAGUAUUCUUCAGUUGCUCCACCAAACAGAGCUGCACCUAAAGGGGCUACUUUCGGUACUGGUGGAGGAACAAACCGCCUGUAUUCUAUCAACAAUCGCCAAGAGCUAGAGGAUUCACCAGAUGUUGUCACUGUUUCCCGGAACCCGCUGAAUCAGCAACAAGGAUGCCAUCGUAGCGCCCUCAUCAACAACAGAAACCAUCAGUAG